CCGACCUGCGAUAAAACUCUAUAAUGUGGUCGGGCGUGCGCCCACGGGGUGUGCGUAGAUUGUGUACUUAGUACGCGCGAGUGGUGGGAGGUGGGUGACAGCAUGCGGGUGUACUGCAUGGUGUUGGCGGCGCUGACGCUGCGCUCGGCGGCCGAAACUGCGCCGCGCCGGUACGCAGCGGAGUGGCGCGGAGCGCGCGACCGCGAGCUAGCGCACGCGCGGCCCCUGCACGACCUCUUCGACCCCGAGCCUGAGUCGGCGGCGCUAGCGCCCGCGCCGGUGCCAGCGCCGGCGCACCAGGUCCCACCAUCUCUACCCGCUGGCGCUCUCCACAAAGAACGACGACGCAACCGAGCCUGGUCUAAACGUGCUCCGCGCCUCCCUUCGGAGAUCGCGAAUCAGAUGAUGCUACGAGCUUCGCGAUCCAGUCGACCUUAUGAUGUACCCCAAAUUGAAUGCCCUCCGGCCGCAGACGGUAUGGAGCGCUUCGCGUGCCCCACACCGGACCGGCAAGGUCGCUAUCGCUGCAUCGACGAUCAUGUCCUCUGUGACGGCUUCAUCGACUGCCCCAACGGCGAGGACGAGGAUCGACAGGCCUGCAUGUUCUACAAGACGACCAAGGCGCACCUGGACGUGCUCGCGGACGCGCUGCUGCGGUGGGCGCGCGGCCGCUAAGCCCCCUCCCAGACCCUGACCCAGUGCUCCACACCCCACCACAUCUCCGACCUCAUCAUUAUAACCCUCGAUUGAACAGCCAGUGUGCUCUUAUGAAUAGCGAACGCUGCGGUUUAUUUUCUGAAGUUCCGGACGCGACCAGCUGAUUACUCGUAGACGAGUUGAAAUGAACGUAAUGAAACAUAUCAAGUAGUGGUUCAGCCUAUGCCAAAAAAAUGACCACUUAAAGUGUAGUGUGUAAGGAUUCCGAGCGUGAACGGAUAAGACGAUUCUGUAGGAGAUGCGCGACAGUGCGUCGGUAGGAACGAGGAAGUGUUGCUCUGGUUUCGUCCCAAGUAAAGUAACCUCUCCGCAGCAAUUUUACUUUCCCAUCGAUAUUUCGUACUUUCUAGCAUUUAUUAAACUAAAAUGUGAGACUGGUAGUCGACAUUGUUAGUCGGUAGAUCGUUAUAUUAUUAAAUAUAGAAUAGUUCUUCAUCUAACGAAACAUCGUUUGUCGAUUUAUUGAUGUAUUUACCUUUUUACUCUGUUAUUAGUUACAGCAUUCCACACUUUUUGAUGGUUGUAAUAUAGAUAAAAAGCUCUAAAAUGUAUAUAAUACGAAUACUAUAAAUGAUUUGUGUAUUUAAUUGGUUUACUCUCGCGGCCUACACGAAACGAAGGAAGCUUGUCUGAGCCGCUAGUUGCGCCUCGCGGCUCGCGACAGCUCUGCACAUUCCAAAUUUUGUCAAAACGCUUUUGAUAUAGGUAAUAAUGUCUCAGCAAACUUAAAUAAACUUCAUCUCGAAUAAGACAGCUACUGUAUAUUGGUAUGUAAAACAUUAGUUAUUAAGAUGGUGUUUUAUUCAUUACAUUAUUUUUAAGUACGAGUACACAUAAAUUAUCCAAGUCACUAAGUUAUAAGUUAUAACUUAUUUUAUUCUGUAUAUAAUAUUCCAUUCCAUGUUGUUAACUUUAUUUGGCUUACUUAAGUUUACAACAUAAGUAGCACAACGUUUUCGACUGAAUAUUUAUCUUAUCUGAUUAAUUUUAUAGUUACUUAAUUACAGGUGUUAAGAUUAUUUCAUAACAGUGAUCAACACCAUCUAGUCAAAUGAGUUCCUAAACGAAAACAUGUUACAUAGUUUUAUUAUAGACGCAUUGUCUAUAAUUUCCUUUGAAUUUAUUGCCCAAAACUAGUCAAUACCUACAAUUCUACAAGGUUUUUCAAUGCUUGAUUGAUGCUUCCAUUGUUGAAUUCGUUGUCACAAGAGAUUUGGAAAUUCAAUUCCGAUGUAAAUUAAGUUUCUUGCGAAGACCUUUUCUUCCAAUAGGUAAUGAUCUAAUGAUAGAAAGAAAGCAUUCAUUUUCCUUUUGGGAUUCCUUUA